GGAGGGGUGGGUACCCCUAAGGAGGAGCCUGGGACGACAUGGUCCUGAUUAAGGAAUUUCGAGUGCUGUUGCCCUGCUCCGUGGAGGAGUAUCAAGUGGGGCAGCUGUACUCCGUGGCUCAGACCAGCAAGGACAACACCGGAGGUGGAGAGGGGAUCGAGGUUCUGAUCAAUCAGCCCUACGAGGGAGGUCCCGGGGAACGGGGCCAGUUCACCCACAAGAUUUACCACCUGCAGAGUAAAGUCCCUGGCUUUGUGCGGCUAUUCGCUCCCGAGGGUUCCUUGGUUUUUCAUGAAAAAGCCUGGAAUGCGUAUCCGUACUGUCGGACCGUCAUCACGAAUGAGUACAUGAAGGAUGAUUUCUUCAUCAAGAUUGAAACCUGGCAUCAUCCAGAUAUGGGGACUCAGGACAAUGUUCACCAUCUGGAUGCGGAGACCUGGAAGGAGGUGGAAGUGGUUCAUAUUGACAUCGCUGACCGGACCCAGGUCUCUGAUGAGGACUACAAGCCGGAAGAGGACCCCGCUCUCUUCAAAUCGGUCAAGACCGGACGCGGCCCCUUAGGGCCCGACUGGCAGAGGGAACUGGCAAGCCGUCCCCCGCACAUGUGCGCCUACAAGCUGGUGACGGUCAAAUUCCGGUGGUGGGGUCUACAGGGACGAGUGGAGAGCUUCAUCCAUAAGCAAGAGAAGCGCCUCUUCACCAACUUCCACCGGCAGCUGUUCUGCUGGCUCGACCGGUGGGUGGACCUGUCCAUGGAGGAGAUCCGGAGGCUGGAGGAGGAGACCCAGCGCGAGCUGGAUCAGAUGCGUCAGACGGGGCCGGUAAGGGGCAUGACAGCCAGUGACGAUUGACAAACUCAGGGCCAAGCUGAGCAGGCCGCUGCCCGGGGCGUGGACGGAUGGAGGGAAUGUGGUGCCCGCCCAGCGGGCGGAAGAAGGGGAUGAAGCUGCUGUUGUACACCCCUCCACCCCGCCAACCCCGGGGCCCGAUCCCGUCCUCUCCGCCGACUCUCUGGGGAGAGGAGGACGCGGAGGAGCCGGGGAGGGGACGUCCCAGCCUGGGGUGGGAGUCGGGGUAUGGGCCAAACACUACGGUCCCCUUCCAGCCCGGAAGAUUGCAGGGGGGAGGGACGAGCCCUCCCCCAGUCCUGUUGCCAACGGAGCCACUGUGGCACAAUAAAGUUGUCCUGGCCUCCCA